CCCCUGACGACCCCGCCGACCCCUCCAGGGUAUCACGGAGGCGGAGAGGGAAGCGUUCGAGCUGCUGCCCGACGACGAGAGGCAGUGCGACAAGUGCAAGACGACGUGCUUCCUCUCGGCGCUGGCCUGCUACGACUGCCCCCAGUGCCUCGUCUGCCUCUACCACAUGGACGACCUCUGCAAGUGCCCCCGCAGCAAGCAGUACCUCAGGUACCGCUACACGCUGGACGAGCUGCCGGCCAUGCUGCACAAGCUGAAGGUGCGCGCCGAGUCCUUCGACACCUGGGCCAACAAGGUGCGCAUCGCCCUGGAGGUGGAGGACGGCCGCAAGCGGACGCUGGAGGAGCUGCGGGCGCUGGAGUCGGAGGCGCGGGAGCGCAAGUUCCCCGAGAACGAGCUGCUGCACCGCCUCAAGGGCUGCCUCAGCCAGGCCGAGCGCUGCGUCUCCGAGGCCCUGGGGCUCAUCAGCUCCCAGGAGACCGGGCUUCCAGCCCCCUCGCUGACGGUGGAGGAGCUCCGCGCCUUCCUGGAGCAGAUGAACCAACUCCCCUGCGUCAUGCACCAAAUCGGGGAGGUCCAGGCCCUGCUGGAACGCGUCGAAGCUUUCCAAGCCGAGGCCCGGGCGGCUCUCGAAGCGACCCCCCCGGGACCCGGUGCCGCCCCCCCGGCUCCGGGAGCUUUACGGGGUUUGUUGGAACGGGGAGCCCGGCUCGGCGUGGAGGUCCCGGAGGGCCGAAGGUUGGAAAGGCAGCUGGCUCAGGCCGCUUGGUUGGAGGAGGUGACGGCCACCUUACGCUCCCCCCGCGCCCGCGUCCCCCUCCCCGUCAUGAGGGGCCUGAUCCAGGCCGGCCGUACCGUGGCGCCCAGCCCCGCCGUCGACGUGGCCAUGGCCGAGCUGCAGGAGCUGCUCACCAUCGCCCAGCGUUGGGAGGAGAAGGCUCAGAUGUGCCUGGAGGCCAGGUCAGGAUGCGUGUGCCCCCCCUACCCCCGCUGAGAGGGGCUGGGGGAGGUCCCCGAGUCCCCCUAAGGGGGU